GCGUUUCUGAUUCGCAAGUUUCCUUGAGAUGAGGUUUCCAGUUGAACUUCAGUUUCACUACAAUCACUAUGGAGAACGCAUGCGACUUCGAUGCUCGCGUGGUGCAACGCGUUCCGCAAGAACUGACUGACGAGGAUUUGAGAUACGCAGCGAAAAGUUUGAACGAGACAAACGAUACUAAACAGGAAGCUAUCACGGAGAUCAAACGCUGGACUAAAAACGAAUUGUACACACAAAUUGAUGAUUUUCUUAGCCUUCGAUUUUUGAGAGUCUGUAAAUUUGAUCUCGAAAAAACUAAGGACAGGAUUCGAAAUUAUUACAAACAGCAAUCCGAUUUACCGGAAUGGUAUAGAAACAAGGAUCCGUUCCGUCCGAAAAUGCAGGAGCUACUUGAUUUGGGGUUAUUCUUGCCUCUGCGAAAGCCGGACAGUCAAGGAAAAUUGGUCAUUCUUGUGCGUGCUACAGUGCAUGAUCCAAAAAGACAUGAAAUACCAGAUAUACUUAAGAACAGUAUUUUGGCGAUAGAAACGGCGAUAAAAUAUUAUCCUGCAACAUCUAUAUAUGGUUGCACAUUGUUAAUAGAUGUAGCCAAUCCAACAACACACCACAUUCUUCAAAUCCAACCCUACGUGUUAAUGAAUUUGGUCCAUACAUGGCAGAGCUGCUAUCCUAUGAGAUGUCAAAAGAUUGUUUUUUUUAAUGUGUCGACAGUAUUCAAUGUUAUUUUGGGGAUUAUCAGAUCUUUUAUGACUGCAAAAGUAAAAAGCAGAUUUUAUGUCUACUCAAACGCGAUCGAAUGUUUCGAAGAUAUUCCAGCCAACAUCUUGCCUAUAGAAUAUAAUGGUACCGAUGGUACACUUCAAGAAUUAACAGUGUACUGGAAGAAAUUAAUUGAAAAGAAUCGCGACUGGGUAGUGAAGAAUGAGAAUAAUAAUCACAUUGAUGAAAUAUCUGAAGAUACAGAAGAAGAAUUUCAGCAGACUUAUCUAUAAAUUUUUUAUUGUUUAAAGCAAUAAAUUAAACAUUAAAAGCUAAGAAUCAUUAAUUGGAUUCUAAAAUAUACAUUGCAUGAAGUAUUGGCCCAUUUACAUAGCACACAAUAUUAAAAAAAUAUAUUGUUGAGAUGUAAGAUUAUUGUAUAUUCAAAUAAAACGUUUUUUCAACGUUAAA